UAUUUCUACCUAAACUUCCAUCACUAAUUUGCCUUAAAAUUUGUAUCACUAAUUUCGGAAUACCCGUGGUUGUAGUGGUCUAUUCACAUAUUGGAAUUUUAUUUUGCAGAAAAGCAUUUUAAGGGUUAUCUUUUUCAUUAAUUUUCUCUUCAAAAAUUUUAAAAUAUUAGACAUGGCCUUGAAUCCUCAAUACGAAGACAUCGGUAAAGGGUUCGUUCAGCAGUAUUACGCCUUGUUCGACAAUCCUGUUCAGCGAGCGAAUGUGAUUAACUUUUACAGCACCACAGAUUCUUUUAUGACUUUUGAAGGCCUUCAAAUACAAGGAGCUCCUAAAAUUAUGGAAAAACUCUCUAGCCUUACGUUUCAAAAAAUUACACGUGUGAUAACUGCAGUGGACUCACAGCCUAUGUUUGAUGGUGGAGUUUUAAUAAAUGUCCUCGGCCGUUUACAGACGGAUGAGGAUCAACCACAUGCGUAUAUACAAACAUUUGUAUUGAAGCCAGUGGGUGCUAGUUUUUUUGUGCAACACGACAUAUUCCGGCUGUCAUUGCACGACGUGUAGCGUAUGAAAAGGCAAAAAGAAAAGAAAUAGAAAAUGCGAAAUUCAUCAAUAUGGUCAAUGCAGAGUCUUUACUUUUGCUUCUAAUUCUAAAUAUGUCCCAUUAAAAGCUUAUUUGAAUAUCAAUAUGUCUCAUUACUACAAGACCAUGCUAAAGAUAUUGAUGAGCGUUGCAAAAGUGCGUUCUUGUCGAUACAAUUCUAAAUUUUAAACCACAAAAAGAAAAUUUAAUCAACUAAUGUAAAAAAUGAAAAGAAAAAUAUGAAAACUCAGGUUAUUGAUUUUAAAAAGUAAUAAUUAAGUCUUUAUAUUCAUAUUAUUCGCAAUUACUCAAGUUUGCCACCAUUAAUAUUAUCAUUGCUUUAAAACAAUUUUAAAUUUAACGGCCUUUCAUAUUCAUAUGUCUCAAGUUUCCUUACGAGCAUGAUAAGUUCGUUUAUAGUGUUAACAAUAAUAUUCUCCCAUAUCUCAGCUUAAUAAGCAUUUUUUAUUCAUAUAAACAUUAUUGUUUUCUAU